AUGUCGAACUCAAAACGGGCUGAGCGAUGCCUUGAUGCGCCUGCCAAGAUGAAAACCAUGGAGGCGCAUGGAGGCAUCAAACAGGCUGACAGCCUCAAGAUCGCCAAUGCGAUCCGCCCGGCUAUUGAAAGCCGGCUGGACCAGCUGCGGGAUGACAAGGAACGGAGCAUAUGCAGCAUCGAUGGCACCCACGCGGUUGGUGACGAUGUGUGUCGACCGGACUACAACUACGAACUGCUCAAGGUCUACGUGGUGACCCUGACCUGCGGGGUCACGAAUGCAAAGGUCGCGGUUCUCUAUCUGAGCUGUGUCUACGGGUUUUGGAGUGCCCGAGAAAUCAAGAAGCGUGGCCGGAAGGGCGAAAUCAAGGCUGCUCCCGAGUGGGCGGUGAUGCAGGGGUCGAAUUUGCGGAAAUUGGCGGCCUAUGUCAUUACGGCCCUGAACCGCACUCCUUAUGCGAGGACUGAAGAAAUGAUGGUUCUCAAGGCCCUGCACCAGAGGAUCAAUCGUACGGUGGUGCCGGAGCGACCCAACCGCCGAACGAGCAAGGCAGCGAUCCAGGAUUUGGGUGCGGAGUCGCAGUCGUCGUCCACGACGUCGUCGUGUGGCUCUGCCGGAUCGACGAUCGACCUGCUCGACUCGGACGACGAUUGCGACGUGGCCGUGGCCUUGGACGACGAUCCCGAUCGCGAAGUGGCCGAGGAAGUGGACGAGCAGGAGCUGGAAAGGAUGUUGUAUGAGCUGGACGACGUGGAGGCCCACUGUUGUUCGAUAAUCUACAUAGGUAGCCCACUAGGACAGGGAAUAGCUCAUGUAACCGCUAAUAUUUACGGGUUAUAA